AUGAUUGGAAAAAUCGGGAAACAGGGUCAAACGAGCGACCGCGCAACUCGUGUCGGUGAUGAUUCAAUGGCUGUCGGAAUGGCUACCGGCGGUUUAGCGGGGGACGACGGAGGCGUAUCGGCAAAGAUAGCGCGUCUGGGCGAUCGAGGGGUGCUUGACACGAGGUACAAGUACGUCUUGUGCGGAGUUGUGAGGGGCCGCAGGCGAGUUGAGAAUGACGACAGGUGA